AGUUCAUUAGAUUCGCUUUGUGGUUCAAAUAGGCAGUUGCUAAAGAAAAAAAUACGAACGAAAAAAGAAGAUUUGCGAUGGACGCUUGCAAGAAUAUCAUCGAAGUGAUGCUCAACAAGGAGCACGUGGCCUAUGCCUGGCCCUUCUACAAGCCGUUCGAUGCUGACAUUGUGGAUCUGACCGACUACCACGACAAAAUCAAGAAGCCCAUGGACCUGGGCACCAUUAGGCUCAAAAUGGAGGACGGCCAUUACAGCAGCGUGCUUGAUUUUGCGAACGAUGUGCGCUUAGUAUUUAGCAACUGCUACAAAUACUAUCAUCCGAGAACUGAUUUUGUUGGCAUGGCCCAGAAGCUGCAGCACGUCUUCGAAGUGCUCUUCGCCGAAAUACGCGACGAACCGGUGCCCAAUGUGGUACACGACACGCACACGCAGGACAAUAUGCAUCAUGGCGAAUCUGACUUGCACGAUGACUACGCCAAGAUCAAGGUCCUAGAGUCCAAGUUGGACAUGACCUUUUCCACGAUUAACACUUUGGUGGAGAAUAAACGCAAGCUCAAGGCCAUAAAGAGGAGCAUCGAUGAACAGAAGCUGGUUCUCAAGAACGAGAUUUCUGACCUGAAGGCAGAGUUGAAGCGUCUCCAAGCUGUGUCCAAGGCCGACGAACGACGUAGACGUCAACGCUUGAGUAAUUUGCUUGGCCAAAUGGACCUGAACCCGAGUGAGGAAUCUUCUAGUAGCUUCGAAGGAGAUGUUUAACGUGAAGAAGAACUGCGGAGCACAGAGAAUAAACAGUAGCAGCAGAGAUUCCAUGGCAAUUGGAUUAUGAUUAAAAUAAUUCAGGCAAUGAUCG